UUGCUUUCAACUUUUUUGACACGGGAAGUUCCAGGGACUGGACAGGCCGGAGGCUGGCAUGGUCAGUGGGGUCCUGUGGCUGAGGCUGAGGGGCUGUGGAGUAUACAAAGGUCGGGGAGUAGACCCUAAGGGCCAAAGACAGCUACUGACACCUGGCUGCACUGAGUGUCUGCGUGAUGAGCUCAGGGUUGGAGGCAGUGAGGACAGGACGCGGCAUUACUGCAGCAGAUUCUGGGCGUGUCAACCGCAAGGUGUUGGGUGAAGACGAGGCCUACCAUACCCAAUUAUAUGGAGGAUGACAUGAGAUCCUGUAUACAAGGCUCUCAUUUCUGGCACCUAGCACAGAGGAAGUGCUGCCUUUUUGUUUAGAGCCGUUUUAGCUGGAAGAUGCUAAUUAUCAAUGAGGAGAAAGUGACACCUGAGGAGUUCAUCUUCCAUCUUGGUCCUGCUCUCUCCUUUGAACUCCCUCUCCGGCCUCUUUCCCACUUCAUCACUCGUCCCCCAGCAUCAUAAAAGCCAGCUCUGCCCAGGCGGGCGCAGAACCUUCUUUCUCACUUGCCAGGGAGCCCUUCUCUCUGCAGCUGCCUCGCAGGCAUGGACAACCUGCGGGAGACCUUCCUGGGCCUGGAGGAUGGCUUGGGCUCCUCCAGCAGCCCCGGUCUGCUGUCCGCCUGGGACUGGAAAAGCAGGGCAGGGUCCUUUGAGCUGAGCCAGGCCUCGCCCACUCAGAGCCUCUCCCCGGCCCCCUCGCUGGAGUCUUACACCUCUUCUCCCUGUCCGGCUGCGGCUGGGCUGCCCUGUGGGCAUGGGGGUGCCAGCAACGAGAGCAGCGAUGGCUGCAGCGGCCGAGACCCUGGUGGCCUGGUAGAGGUGGACUACAACAUGUUAGCUUUCCAGCCUGCCUACCUGCAGGGCGCGGGGGGCCCCAAGGCCCAGAAGGGCACCAAAGUCAGGAUGUCUGUGCAGCGGAGACGGAAGGCCAGCGAGAGGGAGAAGCUCCGAAUGAGGACCUUGGCCGAUGCCCUGCACACCCUCCGGAACUACCUGCCACCCGUCUACAGCCAGAGGGGCCAGCCGCUCACCAAGAUCCAGACGCUGAAGUACACCAUCAAGUACAUCGGGGAGCUCACGGACCUGCUCAACAGCGGGAGGGAGCCUCGGCCCCAGAGCGCCUGAG